AUGGCUAAAAGUUCCUCACUUGUGACCUUUGUCUUACUCAUGUGCUCCAUCUACAAGAGCUGGUCCCUUUCAUUUUCAGUGUUUUUGACAAAAACGGAAGCACAUCAGGUGCUGAAGAUCCACAAACGCUCUAACCAUUUCCUAGAGGAGAUACAGGCAGGGAAUUUGGAGAGAGAAUGCAUAGAGGAAACAUGCUUAUUUGAGGAGGCAAAGGACAUUUUCCAUUCACAGGAGAAAACAAUGGAGUUUUGGUUCCAUUACAAAGAUUUAAGUCCGUGCAAAGAGAAUCCCUGUAAGAAUGGUGGGAUGUGUCAACAGAAGCACUAUGAUUAUAUCUGCAUCUGUCCCCCACAGUUUGGAGGGAAACAGUGUAAAAUAGAGAAGUUUGAAUGUUGGUAUAAGAAUGGUGGCUGUUCACAGUAUUGUCAAGACACCACUCACUCCCUUCACGUGGUGUGCUCCUGUGCAGAGGGCUACGUGCUUGGUGAUGAUAGAAAGACAUGCCUACAAUCAGAAGCGAUCAUGCCUCCUCCCACAUGGUGUCCUAAAUACACCGCUUCAGGCAAUGCCAACUGGCACUUCGAUUUCAUUGCAAGUCCAGCCUGCUUGAUCCUAUCUAACAGUGGAGAGAUGAAUCAGGUGCGAUUCAAAGUCUUGACUGAAGAUGGCGAUGUUGUUGAUGUAUUGAUCCGAAAUUGUGAAGGCUACGGUUUCUGUGGUGGGAGUUUAAUCAGCAGUCGUUGGGUGGUCACGGCCUCUCACUGUGUUGAGACUGGAAGAGCACAUCACGUUACUAUAGGAGAUUUUGACAAACGCCAGCAAGAAUUAGAAGAACAAAAGAUUCAAGUGCAACAGAGUUGGAUGCAUCCACAUUAUGAUUCAGAUAACUACAAUAAUGACAUUUCUUUGCUGUACUUGAGCAGUGACGUUAAGUUUAAUAAGUAUGCGCUCCCUAUUUGCCUUCCCAUUCCAAACCUAGGAAACUUGCUGACUGCAGAAGGAAAUAUAGGGAUGGUAAGCGGAUGGGGUUCCACAUAUUACAGAGGUUCGCUCGCACGAUUUCUCAUGAAAGUUAGGUUACCUACAGUGAGCACAGACAUUUGUCAACAAUCAACAGAGAAGCUCAUUACUGAUAACAUGUUCUGUGCAGGCUAUGCUGAGGAAUCCUUGGAUUCCUGUAAGGGGGAUAGCGGAGGCCCCUUUGCUGCAUCUUACCAUGAUGUUUGGUACCUUUUAGGGGUUGUUAGCUUGGGUGAAGGCUGUGCUGAAGAAGGGAAAUAUGGUGUAUAUACUCAGGUAUCAAACUACAUUCAAUGGAUAAAAGAUGUUGUUGAGAGCGUAUCAGAUAAGGAAGGUAGAUAAAUGCACAGUAAAGACAAUAUUUUUCUUCCCCUUUAUAAUAGCAGGAACGCAUCUUCUACUAUGAAACGUUUUCAGUCCAGUGCAGCAGUCAAUGUCCUGCCUUUACUUGUGCAUAAUUUUGUAUGGUUGUUUAACAAAAUGCACUUAUUUGACACCAGUGCACUGUGGGAGAACCAUUAAAUAUAUGUCUGGUGACUCCUCUGAAUAGCACUUCAUGCAUUUUAAAUGACUUGACCAAUUACUGAGCACUGUACAAUAACAAGCAAUCCAGGAUUAAAGGUGAAUACCUCUAACAUGCGAAGCACAUCACAAAAGAACUGAUCAUCUAAAACAACAUUAGGACACCAACUCACCAGUCCUACGCAUACAUUAGUUUUAUCAACAAGAAACCACUUCCUAGUAGUGCAUUAUCUUUGUUAGUUACCUCAGUGUUUAUAUACAGUGAGCUACAUUGAAUACAUUUAGUACCCUACCAGUAUCUGUUCAGUUUUGCUACCAAACUACCUAUUUUGACAGUUAUACGUCAUUAAAUAUGAAUCUAAACAUUGUUCUGUGCUCCUUGUAUCUGGUAAUAAAAAAAUACUGCUGCAUUUAUUAAGAAUCCUAUACUGUGAACAACUGCAUUAGGUAACUUGGCAAGGGGAAGCUGCAGGGAUUUGAGAGCUGGGACUUUGGAGCUAAGGGUUUGC